AAUAGAAGUCAAAAUAAAAUUUCGAACGUUCUAACAAGACUGUUAGUUUGAAAAGAACGACUUAAUGACCCGGAAGCAGAGUUCGGCCCCUCCCCUCUCUGAUGUGUUUACGUUGCUAUCCCCCUCCCGGUGGGUGUGUGUUCGUAAAUGUGUGUGUGUGUGUUCUGUGGGAGUUUAUGUAUCAAGGAUAUAAUAGUUUUAUUCAUUCGCGAACAAGGCACCUCAGACGGAGGAACCUUACCUGCAUACUGCCCUGAGUCAAACAGAAGAGUGUUUUAGCUGAAGAGCUUCACUGUGAGACAAGAUGUUUCAGAUUAAGAAGAUUUGCUGUAUAGGCGCUGGGUAUGUUGGAGGUCCGACAUGUAGUGUCAUUGCAAGCAUGUGUCCCGAGAUCACAGUCACAGUAGUGGAUGUUAAUGAAUCCCGGAUCAAAGCCUGGAACUCUGAUACCCUGCCCAUAUAUGAGCCGGGCCUGAAUGAAGUGGUGUUGUCCUGCCGUGGGAAGAACCUCUUUUUCUCCACAGAUAUUGACUCAGCCAUUAAAGACGCAGAUCUGGUCUUCAUUUCUGUAAACACCCCAACUAAGACAUAUGGUAUGGGCAAAGGUCGUGCUGCUGACUUGAAGUUUAUCGAGGCAUGUGCACGACGGAUUGUGGAGGUGUCGGACGGGUAUAAAAUUGUUACGGAGAAGAGCACGGUGCCAGUCCGUGCAGCUGAGAGCAUCCGCAGGAUAUUUGAUGCAAAUACCAAACCCAGCCUCAACUUGCAGGUUCUCUCUAACCCAGAGUUCCUUGCGGAGGGUACAGCAGUGAAGGACCUGAAAGACCCAGAUCGUGUCCUGAUUGGUGGAGAUGAGACUCCAGAGGGUCAAAGGGCCAUCAGUGCUCUCAGCGCAGUUUAUGAGCGCUGGGUCCCAAAAUCACGUAUAAUCACCACCAACACCUGGUCCUCAGAACUUUCCAAACUGGCAGCAAAUGCAUUCCUGGCUCAGCGCAUUAGUAGUAUAAACUCCAUCUCUGCCUUGUGUGAAUCCACUGGCGCUGAUGUCGAAGAGGUGGCCAGAGCCAUCGGCAUGGAUCAGCGCAUCGGUAGCAAGUUCCUCAAAGCCAGCGUGGGUUUUGGAGGAAGUUGUUUUCAAAAGGAUGUGCUGAAUUUGGUGUAUCUGUGUGAGGCACUGAAUCUACCAGAGGUUGCGUCAUACUGGCAACAGGUGAUUGACAUGAACGAAUACCAGAGAAAGAGGUUUGCCUGUCGGAUCAUCGACUGCCUGUUUAACACUGUUACGGGGAAGAAAAUCGCCUUGUUGGGUUUCUCCUUCAAGAAGGACACGGGAGACACUAGAGAGUCCUCCAGUAUCUAUAUCUCUAAGUAUCUGAUGGACGAAGGAGCCAAGUUGCAUAUUUAUGACCCUAAAGUGCUGAAGGAGCAGAUAAUCCAGGACCUGUCUCAACCCAGCAUCUCCGGAGACAACCCAGAGAGAGUGUCUGAUCUUGUCACGGUGACGUCAGACCCAUAUGAGGCAUGUGAAAGUGCACAUGCCCUGGUCAUCUGCACAGAGUGGGACAUGUUUAAGGAUCUGGAUUAUGAGAAAAUAUACCACAAGAUGUUGAAACCAGCAUUUAUCUUUGAUGGUCGACGAGUCCUGGACCAUCUGCACACUCAGCUACAAAACUUUGGCUUUCAGAUCGAGACCAUUGGUAAGAAAGUGACGACCCGAAUCCCCUUCACACCAACUGGAGGAGUUCCACGAAUCAAUGAACCACCCGUCAAGAAACCCAAAGCAUAAACACCACCUCACACACACACACACACACACGCAUGUGCACUUUACAAUGAUUAAAGUCUUUUGCUGAAAAAAACCAAAGUAACGUGUGACCGUUGCUGGAAAUCUGUUUGUAAAAAUGCAUUUGCUCUGUGUGUGUUCAACUAUCUUCAAAAAUUAUUUUUAGGACAGAGUGAUUUAAUGCACUUUGUCAUGUCUUAGUUUUUUAAAUCAUUCUCAAUUUUUUUUUAGAAUUUUCUCAUGUCUGUGCCAUUUUGGAAAAUUGUAACAUGUACAUUAACUGUGCACAAAAACAGUAAUGCAUUUUAACAUCCCAGUACUGUUUAGUAGUAUAUUAUUGUUUACAGUUAUCAGUGUUAUAGAUUUUAAUGGCAAAAUCAUCUACUUAUUUGAGAGCGAGGUUUGAAAGAGCAACAUCAGAAGGAACAGAAACUUUGAUGUUAGGACCAAGUGGGGCAUAAAAACACUGUAAAACAUUUGCCUUAAAUUUGGCAUAUGAUAGCGUUGUCAAAAAAACGUUUGUGUCAACCAGUUAUUAAUCCUUUAUUAAUCCUCUGAUAUGUAUUGUUUGACCUGCA